CUUUAUACAUCUCGGUGGUCAGCUUGGUGUAGUCACAUUUAAUCAGUGAUAGGUGUUGAUGCGAUAUGAUGACGUUACAAAUGACCAUCAAGACAUGGUCACCGAAGUUAGUGUAGUUUGUACCAUGCAUCAUUAGCUCAUCAACAAUAACUUUCAGUGAUGUGGACGGUGAAGGAGGUCGGUUUGGGUGUGGUGGCUGUCGCUUUAAGCCUGGAGCUGAUCGUCUUGCUCGUCCGCCGCCUCAAGCCUCGAAGAACCCUCAACGAGGUCCUCUUCUUUCCCACGGAGACGGUCUGUGUGGAGCACAUCUUCACUUCCAGUUCAUCUGAUACCUGCCUCUGCUCGCUGGCUCAUGGUGUGGAGUCCUCUUUUACCCGUCUUCUGCGACACAUCCUGUCUGCUUCCUCCUCUCUGGACCUGUGUAUCUUUGCCUUUUCCAACAUGGACCUGAGCAGGGCUGUAUGCAUGCUGCACAGAAGGGGGGUCACCAUUCGGGUCAUUGUUGACAAGGACUACGUUGCCAUCUCUUGUUCCCAGAUCGGGGUCCUUCGCAAGGCCGGGAUCUGUGUGCGCUGCAGCGUGGACUCUGUGUUCAUGCAUCACAAGUUUUCGGUGGUGGACGGACGCCUGCUUAUCACCGGCUCCCUCAACUGGACGCUGUCAGCAGUGCAGGGGAACAUGGAGAACAUCCUCGUCACCGAGGAGCCAGACCUGGUGAAACCCUUCAUCAAGGAGUUCCACAAGUUGUGGGCGCACAAUGAUCCGGCACGACACCACCGCUCGAGUGACCAAAACCCCGCUCACUUUACAGCUAGGGCUUAAGAUUGUAAGGUUGGCAACAAAGUGUUUUAUCUUCUUUUAUUUUUUGUGAUGUCGCCUCUAGUUUUGAGCGUCUUGUUUACGUUAAAGUGAAGUUACCGCUCAAGAUGAUGCCACUUAAUUUCAAAUAUAUCUCGGAAGAAAACUUAUCUCCUAUAGAGUAACGUAUGAAUAACGUUUCGUAUGAAACUGUAUCAGGCUCAUUCUACAGUUGAGAGUGCCUUUUUGGUUUAGUUUUUUCAUGUUUUAUAAAGAACAAUGACUAGAAAUAGUAGAAGUAGUUGAACCAUUCACAGGCAUAAGAAGAUAGCUGACCUUCAAAACCCUGCAAUGAGAAAUAUCCACAACACAGAUUUGGUCCAGUUCUAAGGGGACUCCUUCUGUUAAGUUCUUAAGUUAAGGAUAAGUUCUUAAAAAGUGUUUAAAUUCCGUCAAUAUCUACCCACCCUUGUGCUGAUGGAAGGUCAGGUAAUGUUUUCUAGUCCAUAAAACAUUUCUGGAACAGCAGAACAGUGUUGCAGCAUUCUCCUAAACAACUGAAGUAGAUAGGGACUUUUUUUAAAAUGUAAAAAAAUAAGUAAAUUAAAUGGCUCCAGUGCUCGUCCUGAGUCUACAGAAGCAACGGGAUCCCAAAUUAAUUUGAAAAGGUGCUAUUCGCACCCUUUCUUUACUUCAGUUGCUAGGCUAAAAGCGUUAGCUCACCUGCACCUCAAGGGUAUAAAUUACAUCUUUUCACAUCAGUUUGGGAUCUCAAGGCAUCUAGGGACUUGGAUUACGCUGGACAAGCUGUAGGGAAUUUUUUUUUUGUUACUAAUAUUUAUUUUUUAUUUUUUUUACAUUUUAGAAGAAGUCCCCGUCUACUUCAGUCAUUUAGGAGAAUGCUGCAAUAUUGUUUUGCUUUGAAGCUCCAGAAAUGUUUUUGUGGACUAUGAAACUUCACCUGACUUUCCAUCAGCAUGUGGGUGAAAAGAAUUUUUGUUUUUGGGUAAACGUAUCUUUUAGUGUUUUUUAAGUUUACAUCACAGGUUGACAUUAGGCAGUAUAACAGUUCUCCAGUCAGGUUGUCAGUUUAAUACGCUCUCUUCAUGGUCAUCAUAUAAUCUAUCUAUAUAUAUACAUAUAUAUAUAUAUAUAUAUAUAUAUAUAUAUAUAUAUAUAUAUAUAUAUAUAUAUAUAUAUAUAUAUAUAUAUAUAUAUAUAUAUAUAAUCGAGGAAUCUGAGUUUCAUGUCUUUGUUUGAUAAACAAUCCAGAGUUUACAUGUGUAUAUUUCUAAUUUACACUGUCUGGGCUGGGGGAAAAACACUGUAUAGUUCAGGGUGUGCUUCUGCUGUCUCAGGGAAGAUGUUGUGCCAAGCACUAAUAAAACUCCUCUUCCACACUGCA